GUGAAGGGAGGGAAGGGCGUCUGAAUACCAAUGACUGAACAGCAAUGGACAACAAAGACUCGGAAGCUGAGAUCCACCCUCUGAAGACAGAGGACGUAAAAGCUCAAGAGAACCAUGAAAACUCCGUGGAGAGAAGGAUUAUCAUCAAGCAGUCAUCGCGACUGUCUCGGCUGUCCCGGUGGCGCACUGCUGCCUUCUUCAUCUCGUUAUUUCUGUGUCUGAUAAUUGUGUUUGCUUUCUCGUUUAUCAUUCCUUGCCCAGAGAGGCCGGUUUCAGAAAGAACAUGGUUCCGAAACUAUGACAACGCAGUGGCCUACCAGUUUCUUGCUAUAGAUGAUGUGAAUGAAGACAAAGUGCAAGACGUCAUCUUCGCUUUCAAAGCUAGCAACGGCAGCAGCAGCUUCAACAGAUCCUGCUUAGAUGAAGGUCUGCCUUCUCCCUGUGCCUUCAUUGCUGCCGUGUCUGGCACGAAUGGCAGAGCGCUCUGGGAGAGGCCUGCUGCCGAGGAGGUUGAGUGGAUGGAGUGCGGCAUCAAGCAGCUCGGCGGGGCUGAGGCCCCGGGUUGCCUGGUCCUGGGGAAGCCGGUGUCUCUUACGGCAGUUGACCUGUGGACAGGGGAGGUUCAGUGGAGACAGUCCAGUGACUUUGGAGCUAAUUAUACUGUGCUGACUCCCGUCUCAGUGAUUCCAGAUGUGGAUAGUGAUGGAGUUCAGGACCUGAUAAUCUUUAUUGCUACAGGAGAUCAGAUUAAGACCUUCAUCCAUUCAGGAAAAAAUGGCAAACAGAUUGGCUCGACUGGAAGGCUGAAUGUGGAUGGGAAAGCUCGCUAUAUCAGGCUGAACCUGGACUCCUCCUCCUACUUCCUUUUCUAUACAGAAAACUCUCUCUAUGCAUACUCCCUGAAAGAUCUCUACAGUGCAGCAACUGGGAUGGAUAUUAAGCUUCCCAGCCUUGAGCAAAAUCCUCAGUGGGAGAAGAACAUUGACAGCGCCACGCACCGCUUAUCCCUCGUCAGCUCUGGGGAGAUUCGUUACCUGGCAAAAGUUCCUGGGCGAUCACGGGAGAACGUCUUGGUUGUAAGCUCAGAGAUGGCUACGCUGAUCAAUGCACAAAAUCUCCAGACUUUGUGGACCCUCAACGUGUCCCGUGUUGUGAGUGAGCCGCUGCUUGGUUACUACAAACCUGAUGUUCUUGGCAUUGUCCUUGAGAGUGAAAUUGGACCCAACAGAAAGAAGGUUAUGAUUGUUGAAAGUGGAUCUGGAGCAGUCCAGUGGGACCUGAGACUGAACUCGAGAGUGGAGAGCCCCGGGCCGGCCACACUUCCUACGGCUGAUCACCGGUCCACCUUCCUCUUCUGGGGUGAAUACCGGGCGGCAGGAAACGAAACGAGAGCCAGAGCUCCUCUCCAGAAGCUGUAUCUUUUCCAUCCUUCCUACACUAACGUCCUGCUGGAGCUCCGCAAUAGCACAGACCAAAUAAUUGCAUUCAAUGCCACGCUGUUCGAGCGGAGCCGGCACGCCUGCUACGUGCUGUUGCGGGGGCCUCAACCCAGCGAGGAGCCAGGGUCGGUGUCUCUGGUAAAGCGCAAGCUGAAGGAGGAUGUCUCUGAGAGCAGGGUGAUCUGGCUGAGCCAGGUGGCUGUGGGCAGCGAGCAGCACGUCCGGGACCGCCUCUACCGGAUGCGAUUCCACAGCCGAGUGUGA